GCUGUGAAACAAUAACUCUGUGGUCACAUUUCCUAAACACCCUGCUUGGAAACAGCAACACUUUAUUCAGUGUCAGACUCUGAGGAAGUCCCAGUGUUUAUAUACGAGAGGGCAAGAGAUGGAUGUUCGCUGUCUACCAAUUCUUCUGCUUCUUGGACCAGCUGUUUUGGUCCUGAGUUCUGAUCAUGAAACUCGUCUGGUUAAGAAUUUAUUUAAGAAUUAUAACAAAUGUAUUCGUCCAGUAAGCAAUCACCGUGACGCUGUUAAUGUUACUGUUGGACUACAGCUUAUCCAGUUGAUCAAUGUGGAUGAAGUGAAUCAAAUUGUAACGACCAACGUGCGCCUGAAACAGCAAUGGAAUGAUGUCAAUUUGAAAUGGAACCCAGAAGAAUAUGGUAAUGUGAAGCAAAUUCGUGUCCAAUCAAGCAAUCUCUGGCGUCCAGACUUUGUUUUGUACAACAACGCAGAUGGAGAUUUUGCUAUUGUCAAAGAUACCAAAGUACUCUUAGACUAUACAGGUCACAUCACAUGGACGCCUCCAGCCAUCUUUAAAAGCUACUGUGAAAUUAUAGUCACCCACUUUCCAUUUGAUGAGCAGAACUGCAGUAUGAAGUUGGGCACGUGGACCUAUGAUGGCUCAGUGGUUGCCAUCUACCCGGAAAGUGACUAUCCAGAUAUGAAUAACUUCAUGGAGGGUGGAGAGUGGGUGAUGAAAGAGUGCCGGGGCUGGAAGCACUGCGUUGACUAUGACUGCUGCCCCAACACUCCCUACUUGGACAUUACCUAUCACUUUGUGAUGCAGCGUUUGCCUCUCUACUUCAUUGUCAACGUCAUUAUUCCUUGCCUCCUCUUCUCCUUCCUAACUGGACUGGUGUUUUAUCUGCCCACAGAUUCAGGUGAGAAGAUGACCCUGAGCAUUUCUGUGCUGCUCUCUUUGACUGUGUUCCUUCUAGUCAUUGUGGAACUUAUUCCCUCAACCUCCAGCGCAGUGCCCUUGAUUGGCAAAUACAUGUUGUUCACCAUGGUGUUUGUCAUAACCUCAAUCAUAAUCACCGUCAUUGUGAUCAACACCCACCACCGCUCCCCAAGUACCCACACUAUGCCGCAGUGGGUGAGAAAGAUUUUUAUUGACACAAUUCCAAACGUUAUGUUCUUUUCAACAAUGAAACGGCCUUCCAGAAAUAAGCAAGAGAAAAGGAUUUUUACUGAAGAAAUUGAUAUUUCUGAAAUCUCUGGAAAACAAAGUCCAGCUGCUGUGAAUUUCCAGUCAUCACUCAUCAAAAAUCCAGAUGUGAAAAGUGCUAUUGAGGGCAUCAAAUACAUUGCUGAAACAAUGAAGUCAGACCAAGAAUCCAACAAUGCUGCCGAAGAAUGGAAAUUUGUUGCAAUGGUGGUUGAUCACCUUCUCCUUGGCAUCUUCAUGUUUGUUUGCAUCAUUGGAACACUGGCUGUUUUUGCUGGUCGCCUCAUUGAGUUAUACCAGCAAGGUGAAAAAAAGCAAUACCAAUAGUUUUUCCAGGGAUUGAUGUUAGGCUGACUGGUCUGCAGUUCCCCGGUUCCUUCUUCUUGCCCUUUUUGAAGAUAGGGACGACAUUAGCUCCAGUCAUCCGGCACUUCACCAGUCCUCCAUGAUUUCGCAAAGAUAAUAGACAGCGGUUCUGAGAGUUCUUCAGCCAGUUCUGUUUUGUUGCAAUAUAUUUUAAAGUCUGUUUUUAUGAUGUUUUAUAGUAUUUUUAAUGUUUUUGUUUGCCGUCCUGGGCUCCUACUGGGAGGGCGGGAUGGACGGACGGACAAACAACAAACAAACAGUGAUUUAAACUGUGAUUUAAAUCAUUAAAAUUGAGUCCUAUGGAGAAGCUAUUUAAAUCAACAGUUCACCACAAGGCUAAUGAUGGCUAUUUCCAAAAAUCACAGCAUUCAGCUGUCUUACACAAUCUCUAAAAGCCGGGCCACCAACCAAAGUUGGUAGAAGGCACUCUGUGCCGCUGAGGCUACCUGAGCCUCAAGUGACAGAGAUGGUUCUAGGAGAACCCUCAAGCUACGAACCUGCUCCUUCGGGGGAGUGGAACCCCAUCCAGGACAGGUCAGACAUCCACCAUCUGGUCAGAAGAACCACCCACUAGCAGCAUCUCAGUCUUGUCUGGAUUGAGCCUCAGUUUAUUAGCCCCCAUCCAGUCCAUUGUCGCAGCCAGACACUGGUUCAGCACAUUGACAGCCUCACCUGAAGAUGAAAAGGAGAAAUAGAGCUGUGUGUCAUCAGCAUACUGAUAGCAACGCACUCUAAAGCUCCGGAUGACCACACCCAACGGUUUCAUGUAGAUGCUGAACAGCAUGGGGGACAGAACUGACCCCUGCGGAACCCCAUACUGGAGAGUCCAGGGUGCCGAGCAAUGUUCCCCAAGCACCACCUUCUGGAGCCGACCCACCAAGUAGGAGCGGACCCACUGCCAUGCAGUCCUUCCCACUCCCAACUCAGCCAGUCUUCCCAGAAGGAUACCAUGGUUGAUGGUAUGGAAAGCCGCUGAGAGUUCAAGGAGAAUCAACAGAGUCACACUCCCCCUGUCUCUCUCCCGACAGAGGUCAUCAUACAGGGUGACCAAGGCUGUUUCCGUGCCAAAACCAGGCCUGAAACCCAACUAAAAUGGAUCCAGAUAAUUGGUCUCUUCCAAGAGUGUCUGGAGCUGGCCUGGCACCACUCGUUUAAGGACCUUGCCCAGGAAUGGAACAUUUGCUACUGGCCUAUAGUUAUUUAGAUUUUCUGGGUCCAGGGAGGGUCUCUUCAGGAGUGGUCUCACUACCGCCUCUUUCAGGCAGUCUUAAAUCAAUGACAUCCUACUCUUAAACUUGGUUUACACAGAAAUGUAAAAAAGAGUUUCUCCCUAAGCAAAUGUAAUUGGUAUUAAAGCAUUUAAAGUCUGAUCCUAUACAUGUUUACUUGGAAGUAAUUUCCCCUGACUUCAAUGGCUUUACUCCCAAAUAAGUGUGGAAAUGUCAAUUGUACUAGUUGCUGAUGUUUGAUUUGUGUCUGUCUAUGUUGGAUUUUAUAGGUGGAUUUUAUUAUGCUUGCUCGGUUUUAUUGAUUUCUGGAUUUUGAUUGAAUUAUGUUAAUUUUGUCUGUUUUACUGUAUAUGUCACCUAAAGAAUAUUUCGUAUUAGGCAAUUCACAAACUGAAUUAAUCAUAAUAAUUUAAAGCUAGCUGGGAGAUACCACCUACUGCCACUCCUUUAAGCUCAUAAGUUUCAGGAUGCUUCCUUUCCCCACGUUUAUGGAGGAGAAAAAAUGGCAUUAAAUAAAUGAGUGCCCUUAAGGAACAGAAAUUCAGUUUCCCCUGCGCAUACUUUUUGUGUGCCAAGUGCAGACACUGGGACUAACUUAUGGUGGCACAAUUAGAAUGGAUUUGGUGCUCUAGCACAACAAACCCACUUCUCUUCCUGCCCACCCCCCCCAAAACCCCUGGAUUUUUGUAGAAAGUGAUGAGAAAAUGCACCAGAAAGUGUGGGAUAACAAUUGUUUGAUGUGACAUUGUAUAAUCUCCCUGGAAACCUAUCAGAAUGAAUGCCCAAUAAACAGCCAAUUAGAUUCUAGUAAUCUAGACGCAACUUAGAUCUUCCUUUCAUUGCAAAACAUAUUUCAUUUCAGGCUACCAGCUGCAUAUUGCAGGUGUAAGUUGUCGCAGAGUGGCGAAAUUGGGCAUGGAGAGACUGAGUGAGCCUUUGAAUCUUUGCUAAAGAUUACACCUUCCCUGCAAAUUAGUCAGACAGAGACUUUAAGCUUUAAAAUAAGAAAUAACUACUUUAUUCUGGAAGUACAUACUUCAUAGGAAAGAGUUCUACAUCUAGCUAACUAGCUAAGUUGGAGAUGCAAACACUAAGCCUAGUGUUUGCCCUCAUGCUUGGAGGAGAGGGAGAGAGAAAGAGAAAAUGUCUGCUCUCCCUCUCAAGAGAAAGGAGGAGGAAGGAGGAAGGAGAUGUGGUCAACAUCCUAUGCAUAUCAGUCUAGCAGGAAGGGAGAGACAGCAGGAGAUCAUUAGCCUAGCCAUCAGGAGGUCUCUCUAGCUACCCUUUUUAACCCCAUGCAGCCUCAACCCACAAGUUGGAGUUGAACCACAUAUUCCAACACCCCUCAACAAGAACUUGGGUCACUCUACAAGGUGCAUCUUGCCUCGUAGUUUCUGGUGUCGGACUUUGCCCAACAGCUUGGUCAAUGCAUCAGCUGUCAUCUCUUCUGUUGGGCAGUAGAUCAUCUCUAGAAGUCCUUUCUCCUUUAUGUCCUUUAGGUAGUGAAACUUCACAUCAAUGUGUUCCAUGCGAGAACUUUGUGAUUCCACGAGUCUUAUGCAAGCUUGAUUGUCCUCAAGUAUUCUGAUAGGCUCUGGUUCAGAUAUGCCUAAGUCUUGUAGAAGCUUGCGUAGCCACAUCAUUUCCUUUCAUGCUUCAUCAGCUGAUACAUACUCUGCCUCUGUAGAUGAGUGUGCUACAGUCUCUUGCUUUCGACUUGCUGAGCAGAUAAGUGACUGCCGAUAGUAGAACAAGUUUCCACUGGUUGACUUGCGAUCUUUGGUGUCUCCAGCCCAGUCAGCAUCAGCAUAUCCCAGAAGCUUGGGAUCUUGAGUAGUUUAUAGCUUUAGUUUUAGGUUUGCAGUGCCUUUCAAAUAUCUUGCCACUGUCUUGACUGCUUCCCAGUCUUUCUUGGUUGGCAAGCUGGUUUUUCUGCAAAGGUAUCUCACUGCUUACGCCACGUCUGGUCUGGUCAUUGUGCUGAUGUAUAGGAGUUUUCCUAUAGCUUGUCUGUAGCUUUCAUUGUCUUCCCAUGGUUGAUUGUUCUGGUCUGGUUUCAAGUAGCCUACUUCCAUUGGUGUAGGUGCUGGAUGUGCAUCCUUCAGUCCUAGACUCUCAAGUAGGUCUUGAAUCUUUUGAUUUUGGUUCAGCAGAAAGGAUCCAUCUUCCUCUCUUUCAAUUCAACUUCACUUGACAUUUCACUUCAACUUCCUUGUUUAGAUUAUUUACUAACUCUUGCUUGUCUUGUGGAUUCUCAUAAGCCAGUAGUAAAUCAUCUACAUAAAUCAAAAUAUAAGUCCAUUUGUUGUUCUUGAAUCUGCUGUACAGGCAUUUGUCUGCUUCGCCUCUUUUAAAGCCUUCUUUCAAGAACAUUUGGUUCAGUUUGUCAUUCCAUGCUCUUGAAGCCUGUUUCAGUCCAUAGAUGCUCUUUUGUAGUUUGCAUACUAGGGUUUCCUUUCCUGGUAUUUCAAAACCUGGUGGUUGUUGCAUGUAGAUUUCCUCUUCUAUUUGUCCAUGCAAGAAUGCUGUUUUUUAUAUCCAUGUGUUCCACAUGCAUUUUCUUGUUAGCAGCAACACUCAGAAGAGUUCUGAUUGUUGUAUGUUUGACUACAGGAGCAAAAAUUUCAUAGUAGUCUUGUCCAUACUUUUGACAGUAUCCUUUGGCCACUAGUCUUGCCUUGUAUCUCUCAAUAUUUCCUUCAGCAUCUGGCUUUUUCUUGAACACCCUCUUACAACCUACAGCUUUCCUUCCUUGAGGAAGCUUGGUAAGUGUCCAAGUUUUGUUCUUGUGUAGAGCUUCCAGCUCUUCCUUGGCUGCCUGCCUCCACCUCUCAGCUUCAGCUUUGGGUAAGGCUUCAAUCUCUUUCCAUAGCUUUGACUCUGGAAGUUCAUCAGCCCUUGCCAGGCAGGACAGUCUCAGUGGAGGUACACCUCUGUUGGUGUGGUUAGAGCGUCUUAGUGCAGGAUCCUCUGCUGCCCCUUCUGGCUGUGCAGGUUCCUCUUCUUGCUCAGAUUUCUCACUGUCCUCCAGUGCUGGCAUGUUGUUGUUGUUGUUGUUGUUAUCUUUAUUUAUACCCCGCCCUUUUUCCAAACUGGAACUCAAGGCGGCUUCCAGAUAAAAACAAGUACACAUCAUUAAGAACCUAUAAAAAUAUUAAACAUAUAAACAUAUAAAAUCAGCAUUAAAACAGGAUUAAACUAUUAAGAUGUUAAAACCAAUUACUCUUAAAAUACUGCAACCCAGUUUAGGAGCAUACAGGCAAAACAAUAAUUUACAGCAUCCUCUUCAGUCACUACCCUUAAAACCUUCAGUUCCAAAGGCCUGCCGGAAGAAAAAAGUCUUUAGCUGUCGGCAGAAAGACUGCACAGAGGAGGCCAUUCUUGCCUCCCUAGGGAGGGAGUUCCAGAGCCUAGGGGCAGCCACCGAAAAGGCCCUAUCUCGUGUCCCCACCAGUUGCACUUGUGAAGGUGUUGGGAUCGUGAGAAGGGUCUCUCCUGAAGAUCUCAGGGCCCGGGCAGGUUCAUAUAGGGAGAUACGGUCUGACCUAAGCCGUAUAGGGCUUUAUUGGUCAUAACCAGCACUUUGAAUUGUGUCUGGAAACAGACUGGCAGCCAGUGGAGCUGUUGCAGCAGGGGAGUUGUAUAGUCCCUGUAACCAGCCCCAGUUAACAUUCUGGCUGCAGCUCGUUGCACCUGCUGAAGUUUCUGAACAGUCUUCAAAGGCAGCCCCACGUAGAGCGCGUUACAGUAGUCUAAGUGGGAUGUAACUAAGGCAUGUGUCACCAUAGCCAGACACAUGUUGCUGUAAUCUGUAGUACAGUAUGGUAUUUCAACGUUAUCUUCUUCACUGUUGUGGUCUUGGGAUGGUGCCCCUUCUGGUUGAAAUGCACUUUGACCUUCAUCAACGUAGACAGCUCUUUAGAUUUCAAUCCUUUCUGUUUGGGGAUUUAGGAUUUUGUAUCCUUUUUGUUUUUCAGAAUAUCCGACAAAGAUUCCUUCUUUUGUACUGUUGUCCAAUUUGGUUCUCUUCUGUUGUGGUAUGUGACUAUACACUUUUGAUCCAAACACCUUUAGAUGAGCCAAACUGGGUAUGCGUCCAUGCCAUAAUUUGAAUGGAGCCUUGUUGCCAUUUGCUUUUGUUGGCAAACAAUUCUGUAGAUAGGAGGCAGUAUACACUGCCUCUCCCCAAUGUUUCUGUGGGAGAUUGGCAUCAUCUAGCAUUGAUCUCACCAUCUCAAUAAGGGUUCAGAAUUUUCUCUCUGAGAUGCCAUUUUGUUCCGGGUUGUGAGGUACAGUGGUCUGAUGCUCAAUCUCAUGUUCAUGCAGAAACUGCUGGGUAGCAUGAUACAUGUAUUCCCCUCCAUUGUCAGAAUGUAGAAUUUGUGGCUUUCCCUGGAGUUUAGUGGUCACCAUUGCAAUAUACUCUUUGAGUUUCUGAAGCAUUUGCCCCUUCUCUUUCAGUAUAUAGAUUACAGUGAAUCUUGAAUAGUCAUCAAUAAAACUAACAAUAUAUCUAUUUCCACCAUUUGAAGGAAUUGGCAUUUCACAUAUGUCACUGUGAAUCAACUCUAGGGGGCACUUAGUCUUCCUUUCACUCUGCUUAGGAAAACUUGGUCUUGUCCCUUUAGCUUUAACACAGCGUGUACGUCUUCCCUUUUCUUGGCAGGGUUCAAUUUCCAUGCCUUUUACUAAAUUAUUCUUUUGAAUGUUUCUGUGUCCAAGCCUUCUAUGCCAUAAAUGCAAACAUGGCUUGUUACAGCAGUCCUUCACAAUAUUAGCCUCUGGACUUUGCUGAUUAAUUUCAUACAUUCCUUUUCUCUUAGUAGCUGUGCAUAUAAUUACACCACCUCAAGAAAUCGCACAGGAAUUUUGUUCAAAUAGCACUGAACAUCCUUUAUUGGUUUCCUCACUGACAGAGAUCAAAUUAUUAGAAAUUCCUGGAGUCCAGAGUGCAUUUUAAGGUAAAUCUCCUUGGUACCACUUGGUGUCUGGCAAACCAGCUUUGCAUUCCCUUCCCCUUUUAUGGGCACUUCUCGUGAGUCAGCAACUUUAACUGAGCCUCCACGUGGGGUUAGACUUUCAAAUAGGGUUUUUUCAUUUAACAUAUGAGCAGUUGCUCCACUGUCCACAUAGACUUUACUAUUAUUAUUUCAUUUUUCAACAUGAGUAACUUGUAAACUGUUGAAAUCUUUCUUGUCUGUCUUUUUAAAUCCUUUAUUUUGUCCUUCAGACUUCCUUUUCUUGUUGCACUGAUCAACAGCCCUUGCUUUAAUACCUUUUGACUGCUUCUUUUGUUCUUCAAAUCUGCAUAUGACUGGCAUUUGGCCAGAAGUCUGUUUGCUAAGGAACACUGUCCUUCCCUGCAGCAUCUCUUUCGUUUUGCUGAAAGAAUUGCUCUCUGACUUCUGAUAUAAUUUCAUUCAGAGUCUUUUGCUGUUGUUACAAUAUGAGGCAGAAAGCAUUCAUUGAUUUUGGCAGGGAAUCUAGAAACAGAGCAAUUUUAGUUGGCUCAUCCAGCUUAGUGCUGCAUUCUUCGAUUCCCUGAUUCAACACCAUAAACUUAGUGAGGUGUUCUUCUAAUGAGUCAUCUUUCAUUUGCAAGUUAAUAAGACUACGUAACAUUGAAAUUAAAUGGUCUUGACUUUUUGGCUGGUGAUUUGACUCCAGUGCAAUCCACAUUUCUCUGGCAUUCUUACAGUUAAUGAACAAAGGGCUUUGCGAGUUACUUACGCACUUCACUAUGAGAUCUUGAGAUCUUUCAUUUUUCUUGGUCCAAACUCUCCUUGUUUCCUCCAAGGGUUCUUGUGGUCCCAGUUCUGGGCCUUUGAUCACUUCCAUUAGCUUCUGCUGCUUUAAGUGACAUCCCAUCCGAAAUGACCACAGCUUCCAGUUUCCAGGUGAGAGUUUAUCAAUGCUCAGCCAUUCUUUGAUGGUAGCCAUUCUUGAGAAAAAGGCUUAACUCUUUACUGACUAAACUCCGAAGGUCUUUGCUAGCUUCCUUGAUUCGCAACAGAAAAAGCUCUUUUAAUUACUCAGAUCUCCUUUGCAUGGCUGGGCCUAUAACCUGUCGCAGAGUGGCAAAAUUGGGAAUGGAGAGACUGAGUGAGCCUUUAUGUGUUUGAAUCUUUGCUAAAGAUUACACCUUCCCUGCAAAUUAGUCAGACAGAGACUUUAAGCUUUAAAGUAAGAAAUAACUAUUCUGGAAGUACAUACAGUAGGGCCCUGCUUUACAGCGCUUCGCUUUACAGCGAUUUGCUAAUACAGCGGUCUCAAUUAGACGCAAUUAGACUAAAGCUCCACUCAUACGCGCUUGUUCCGCUUUUACGGCAGUUUUCAGGCAUCGCGUGCCAUUCUAUUCAAUGAGUUCUGCUUUACAGCAGUUUUCACUUUAUAGCGGGAGUCUGGAACGUAACCCGCCGUAUGAGUGGGGUCCUACUGUACUUGAUAGGAAAGAGUUCUACAUCUAGCUAACUAGCUAAGCUGGAGAUGCAGACACUAAGCUUAGUGUUUGCCCUCAUGCUUGGAGGAGAGGGAGAGACAAAGAGAGUAUGUCUGCUCUCACUCUCAAGAGAAAGAAGAAGAAGAAGGAAGGAGAUGUGGUCAACAUCCUAUGCAUAUCAGUCUAGCAGGAAGGGAGAGACAGCAGGAGAUCAAAGGAUAGGUAUUAGUCUAGCCAUCAGGAGGUCUCUCUAGCUACCCUUUUUAACCCCAUGCAGCCUCAACCCACAAGUUGGAGUUGAACCACGUAUUCCAACAUAAGUUUCAUGCACAGAAUGCCUAAGGAAAAUGAGGCCAUCAGUGACAGGUUCUGCCUUGCCAGAGCAGCAAAGCCUUUUCUUAAUGAACAGCCUGACUCUGGCAACUUGCAGAGCAAGAGUGUUAACAUCCACUUCCUCAGUGCCCUCUCAGCCGUUUCAAUACCUGCAGAAAUAAUAGCUGGGAGGUCCUAGAAUUUGAAUUUAUUUAAAUUUUUGUGGAAGUGAAGCUUGCAGCUGUGGCAGACAGUUGGGGUGGAGGACUCAAGAGCUCAGGCAAAGUGAGUUGAAUGGUGUGGUGGGAAGGGUGGAAGUGGCAUUGAUGCAGUCCUAGUGGAGUCAAUAGCUAAUUGGGCCCUUUCAGGCUAUCACUGUUUUGGGUGGGAUUCAAUCACAUACCAGCAAAUUCAGAUUGCACAAUGAAAGCUGAUCUGGAGCCUAUGGCCAACUACUCUCUUCUUUUUUUCCUAAGGGGGUAGAUAUCUUAAGCUGUGGAUUAAGAAAUGUACAAGAUCCAGAACUGUCCAUUUGCAGGACAGCAAACAGUUGAAACAAAAGGGAGCAAACAGCCCAUGAAAAAAAGGGAUUCCUCCAUUCACCCUGAAUAGCCAGGUUUCCUAUUCAGAUGGAGGAACCAUACAGAUGUACAUAGGAGUAUGUAUACAGGGAUAGCCUGACUAGCCAUGGUCAUUCAUGCAUAGAUAGCCUCAAGACUUAAUUAUUGCAAUGUUGGGCUACCGUAGGCCUGGUCUGGAAGCUCCAGCUGGUGCAAAUUGCUGCAGCUAGACAAUUGGAGGGGACAGACAACUCUCCACACAUAACUCUGGUGUUUACAAGUUUGCACUGGCUGCCCAUAUGCUACCAGGCCAGAUUCAAGGUACUUCUGUUAAUUGUCCCCUGUGGCUCAGACAUGUCACCACUAGGAGCCAUGCAUUCAUUAUUGUCGGUCCAAUUCUGUGAAACUCCCUCCCAGCUGAGAUCAGACAGGUCCCUUUCUUGCUGAACUUCCAGCACUUGGUGUAGACUUUUUAAUCUCAACAGGCAUUUUAAUUCCCCCCCUGAUUUCUGUAGUUAAUUUUAACUGAUUUUAAGCUGUAUCCCCCUAUUGUACACCACUUAGAAACUGUGAUAUUAAGCAGUAUAAAAAUAAUUACAAAUAAAUGUUUGCAUGUAGCCCUCCUUUCAAACUAACAUCAAAUGUGGGGGUGCCAAGAACUAAGAAUGGAAGGCUCUGACAAUUUCAGUUAUCACAGUUUAUUUUUUUCAAUCUUAAUUUCAAUUUUCCACAUUUUGCAGCUAUUUAUGAUUUUUUUAAAAAAUAAUCCUCAUGAAUAUUCUUCAGUAUUUUAGUGCAGAGUUCUCCUGAGAAGCACAUUUUUGUAUGCAGUUUUGACUCAUGUACAUAUUUUUGCAAGUAAUUUCUCCUAAUUAUGCAUUUUUGUACGUUAUUUUCACAAAAAUAUUCAUUUUUAUUAGAGCUUUCCUGCCCUGCUUGAUUGAGUUCUAUCAUUUCCCUUGCUUAGUGCACAUCUAUUCUUUUAAAAUCUGGGAAGAUAAAGGUGAAUUUUAUUUUGUCUUUUUAAGAUAUUUAAUCCCAGAGAAAUAGAAAUUAUAUUUUAAUUUCUGCCUUGAAGUGAACCAAACCAAAACAAAUUCUAGCUCAGUUUUUCAGACUUUCCUGCUCAGAAAUCAAACCUUUCCAAAUGUUCAUUCUACCUUAGGAUCUCUGGCUUAAUUAGGUCACAUACUGUGGGAUCCACAUUUAAAACAUUUCCUGUUGUCCUCAUUCUGUUGUUAGUACAGAAUUUUCAAAGUGUUCCACUGUUCUCUUCACUUUAAAUUUAUAUUUGCCCUCUUUGCUGUGGUUUCCUCUCUCCCAGAGGCAUUCUGAGUCUCAUGCUGACGCUGACUAAGCAGUUCCUGUUUCCACACUUGCAAGAAGAAGUUGCAGUAAGAAGCUAAGGCUAAAAGACGUAGGGGUUAGGAUAACAGCCUGAUAUUUACGGCAACUGAAUCCAACAACCUAGCAUUCUGGAGUGCUUGAAAUCCAUCCUGGUCCUGUGCUCCAUUUAAACCAUGCCACGAAAAGCAACAUUCGCAGUAGAAUACCACUCAUGUGCACAACGAUGAAAUUAAUCACUAAUAUGAUUUGUUUGCCUUGCUGGUGGCUUGCAAUGAUUGAUCUUUGCCACAGUUACUCAUCUUCCACAUCAAGGUCGCACAUUUUAGUGUAUUCAUUCAAAAAUAAACAAAUUUCUAAAUAAACAAAUUUCUGGUAUACGCAAGAGUUGUGUUAUCAAUAUGUGGAAUAACAUGGUGUCUGAGUGGAACCCAACCAUUCUCAUGACCUUGUUAUCUAAACCUCUUUUAGAAACAAAGCUGUUCAUCAAUUGCCCCAGAUUUGAAUCAUCUGGCCCUUUAAAACUUGAGCAACAUAAUUUGAAUAUGCAGGGCUUUUGAUUAUGCAAAUGUUUUGUUGUUAAGUGCCUUCAAGUCGAUUACGACUUAUGGCGACUAUGAACCAGCAGCCUCCAAUAGCAUCUGUUGUAAACCACCCUGUUCAGAUCUUGUAAAUUCAGGUCUGUGGCUUCCUUUAUGGAAUCAAUCCAUCUCUUGUUUGGCCUUCCUCUUUUUCUACUCCCUUCUGUUUUUCCCAGCAUUAUGGUCUUUUCUAGUGAAUCAGGUCUCAUUAUGUGUCCAAAGUAGGAUAACCUCAGUUUCAUAAUUUUAGCUUCUAGUGAUAGUUCUGGUUUAAUUUGUUCCAAACCCAAUUAUUUGUCUUUUUCGCAGUCCAUGGUAUGCAAAAACCUUUCCUCCAACACUACAUUUCAAAUGAGUUGAUUUUUCUCUUAUCUGCCUUUUUCACUGUCCAACUUUCACAUCCAUACAUAGAGAUCGGGAAAAACCAUGGUCUGAAUGAUCCUGACUUUAGUGUUCAGUGAUACAUCUUUGCAUUCAAGGACUUUUUCUAGUUCUCUCAUAGCUGCUCUCCCCAGUCCUAGCCUUCUUCUAAUUUCUUGACUAUUGUCUCCAUUUUGGUUAAGGACUGUGCCAAGGUAUUGAUCCUUGACAAGUUCAAUGGCCUCAUUGUCAGCUUUAAAAUUCCAUAAAUCUUCUGUUUUGCCAAUUGGCUGAGCCUAGAUCCCAUGGAUAUCACUGAGACAAAUUAGACAUUAAUUUAGGGCCCAUUGAUUUCAAUGAGACCUAAAGACAACUAACUCAGCAUGGAUCCAAAUCAUUAUUUCACUUAUUUCACUGCUACUUAACAUUUAUGUAAAUGUGCAUAGAACUGCAGCCAUUAAAGGACUUUUUUUUUGGCUGAAGAACUGAAUACAAAUUAAAUUGAAUUAGGUGGACUAGUUGCUUGACUUGCAAUAAAUCAGCUUAACAUGCAAUCCUAAAUUGGUGGAGAUUCAUCUGCCACUUCCAAAACUGUGUUGUUUCAUGCCAGCCAGGGUGGGAGUUGAGGGGGGAUGUUUCUCUUUGUUUUUGCCUCAGCAAAUCUGUAAAAAUCUCCCAUGAUUGAAACCACAGGGAGUUGGGAGGUCCACUACACCUGCUCCAAGCUAGAAUGGCUGAUGAGUCUGAUCCUUGGGCUUCUUGGAGAAAUGAAGGAGCUUUGGAUUCAGCUGCUUCAUGGCUACCUGCACCCCCACCUCAACCUACAGAAUGCUGGCUAUUGGUGGUGUCAGAUCUACACCCAGAUAGCUCUUCUCCACUGGCACAGAGGCAUCUCUGCCACAUCGUAACUCCUCCCAUUCAGUAGACCUGAGGGUUAGGAUUACUCUGUUAGUCUAGAUCAGCCUUUUCCAAAGGCUGUUGCUGGACUACAACUCCCAUCAGCCCCAGCCAGCAUGGCCAAUGGUCAGGAAUGAUGGGAACUGUAGUCCAGCAACAUCUGAGGACCCAAAGGUUGGGAAAGCCUGGUCUAGAUCCAAUCAAACACCUGGCUACAAUGUUAUUAUUGUAGAAAAGGGAAUUUAAGCAGGUGCAGCUCUAAAAAAGCCCACAUUCAUUGUUUGAAAAAUAUGCAAAAAAAAAAUUGCAUAGAUAUUAACCAACAAAAAAGCUUCCACUAUUUGCACUACUGAAUGACAAGUUACACUGGCCAAAAUUUCCUCUUCAAAGUUAGCAGAAGUACAGGAGCUUUAUCUCCCUCUGCUUUGGUUCCCUUAAAAGUGGUCCUCAAACAGGGUGUGUGUGUUGCCACCAAGUACAUUGCUCAAACCUCGCGGAUGUACAUUACACAAGCUCUCAAGAUACCAGCAGAGUGUCGGAAACAAUGCAGCACAGUAAGACAAAAGCCUCUUGUUCACAGCUAUUGUCAAAGGAAAUUUCUAGCUCUGUAAAGCCAAUAAAACCUUUUAUUUUUCCUGUACAGUAGGGCCCCGCUUUACAGCGAUUUGCUAAUCGCAAAUUAGACACAAUUAGACUAAAGCCCCACUCAUACGACGCUUGUUCUGCUUUUACAGUGGUUUUCAGGCAUCACACGCCAUUCUAUUCAAUGGGUUCUGCUUCACAGCGGUUCUGGAACGUAACCCGCCGUAUGAGUGGGGCCCUACUGUACUUCAAAAGUAAGGUUUUAUUCCAACAUUUAGGCUGUUUUUUUCCAGUUUAGAACAACUCAAGCUUCUGCGUGGGCAAUCAUCAGGCUACUCACCCCAUCAUACUCUUAAGAAGUAUAUCAAGGUUUACAGCAUGGUUUAGAAGCAUGCAGCCUGGUACUCCAAUCCUAAACACUUGUGCCACAAUGCGUAUUUAACUUCCCUACAAUGCAAUGUCCUGUUUUGUGGCAUUAAGCCUGAGAAGGUGGUAAGCUAGCCCCAUCCUGAGAACAUGUGCAACAGCACAACAAGUCUUUAUUUCCAAAGCCUUUCCUUAAAAAAAAAAAAGUUUUAGAGCAAAAACUAAAACAGAACAAACAUGGAGAAGAGAGAGGGAACACCCUGAAAGUUGUAAAAACUGCCUAUUAAUGCUAUUUUUAUGUGAAUCAAGUUAAGAUGCUUGCAGGCAUCGUUUGGAAAAGUAAUUGACCUUUCCGCACCUCUGCACAUCCUGCAACUUGAGAGAAUCAAACUGGCAACAGCAUCUCUUUCCUACAGGUAUACAUAUAAUCCAAACCAUAGCCAUAUUUAUAUAACAAUUUCCCCACAAAUAUGCAGGCUCUGAUCUGGUGGAGGCUCUCUAUUUUCUCCAUUUCCCCCCUUCCCUCUGCAGCAGCACCCAACACAGUUCCAGAGGGUCACCCAAGCUUCUGGGACAGAUCUGGCAGAGCACAGCGGGAAAGGAGAAAAAGACAAAAA